GGGCCAGUGGGGAAACUGAGACAGAAGACUGGAGGAGAGGGCCUGGGAGCCUGAGGGCCCACAGGCGUCAGCGUGGCAAGGCCCCGCCCCUGCAGCCGCGGAGGGAUCUGGAGGGGCCCAGGCCGCCCUUGGCCGCCAUGGAUGUGCAGGCCACCCUAGCAGAGUCGGAAGGGAGAGAGGGGCGGUGGCUGGCCUGAGGUUGAGAGCUAGGAAACCGGCACUGGACAUCGCCCACCCUGCCCAGGUAGGACUUAUUGCCCACCUCUAUCUGAAGCGCAGUACCCCGCAGGUGCCGCCCCACCCAGGUGGCGCUCAUCCGUGGGCCGUCAGGGGCGGGGCCAGGCGAGACUAGGGAAGAGAGCUGGGCUCGGACAUGAUGGAGGCUGAGCUAGUGCCGGAGCUCUCCAUGAUGCUGCGAGAACUGGCGCCGUUCUGUCUGGACCCUGAACCGCUUCCCGGAACCCCCACCCAGGAGACGCCAAGGGCCCCAAGAUGCUUCAGACCCAGUGGCAGGUCCUUCUGGCCUGCACACCGGGAUUCGGUCACUGCCCUGCACUUCCUUCCAGAGACAGAGCGGCUGGCCCAGCCCCCUGCUGGAGACACCCAGGCCCUGGGCCCCUGCUGGGAGCUGAAGGACCUUGGGGCGCUGGGACCCGCACCUCUGGCCAGGGAUGCCAGGGCCAUGCUGACCCCAGUCAACCAGCAACAUAGCCUGGGGCCCCAGGGGACACACUCGGCCCCUUCAGCCCCACCCCAGAAGAGACCCCGGAAGCAGUUGAACCCGCACCGGGGUGCAGAGAAAGUGGACCCCUGGUUUGAGGGGGUGACCCUGAAGUUUCAGAUAAAGCCAGAUUCCAACCUACAGAUCAUGUCCAGCUACAGCCUGACCUUCAGCAGCCGCUUUCAGGGUCCCCCAACAGGCCCCACUGGGGGCCCUGAGGCUAACCCAGGAGGCAGUGAGAUCCUGGGGCCCCGGCGCUGUGCUUCCUGUAGGACCCAGAGGACCCCGCUCUGGAGAGAUGCUGAAGAUGGAACCCCUCUCUGCAAUGCCUGUGGUAUCAGGUUUGCAGAAUGGAGGAAGAGUUGGGGUAUAAGAAAUAUGGCACCCGGUGCUCCAGCUGCUGGCUGGUGCCCAGGAAAAAUGUCCAGCCCAAGCGGUUAUGUGGCAGAUGUGGGGUAUCCCUGGGUCCCCACCAAGGCCCAACUCAGGAAGGGUAAGCCCUUCCUCACCCAGCCAAGCCUGUCCUGCCUCAGUUUCUCCAGGGGGAGAAUGGGCGGAAGCCCUCCUAGAAGGAAUGGGAAACAAACUUGGGUCUUGAGGGCUCCAGCCUGUAUGCUCUCUGUUCUCUACCCUCUCCCCAUUCAGGGUCCCCAGGUGGAAGACCCAGGCCUCAGGCCCCGGAGCCUGUCUCAGGGGGUCACUUGCCCCCUCCUUGGCCCCUGCUCCAAUCAGGCUUGGCUGAGCUCCCUCUCAGAAAAUGCUCUGAGUGACAUUCAUCCUGUUAAUCGGGACAAUAAAGAGCAGAACUACUCAGAGAAGGAGCACUGUGACUUGGGGAUCCUACCGCUUGUGCCCUCACCCACCUGUCCCCCAGCCCAGGAAUGCGGGGCAGGCGUUUUCUCAUUGGGGUUCUGAGGGACACACACACACACACGGUCAUGUAUACAGGCACUAGCCCCUCACAGGGGAUUAGUCACAUGUACCACAAAGUCACACAUGGCAACAGUGACCACA